ACGCCAAGAGGCAGCUAUGUAUGACAUGUUCAAGCAAACGAUCGAGCGCGUACACAUGAGGCCGUUCGUUAUGUGCGUACGCCCCCGCACGCCAUGGCACGGGUAGAAGGGUGCGGCUGCCCCGUGCUCGACGGUGUACACAUACGCACGCGCGCGGCUGCUCGGCGUAAGGGUAGCAAUGGAUGGGGUGGCGGCGGCGGUGGCGUCGCGGCGUCCGUAACGAGAGUGCUCGGCAUUAUCGACCUGCACGCCACUUGAUUUGCCGCCGUCGCCGCUGCCGCUGCCGCUACCGCCGCCGCCGCUACCACCACCGUCACCAGCGUCGCUCAUUCACGUUCGUUGCGACCCUGUGCGCGACGAUCGCCACUACCAUCAAAAACACGAUCGCACACCCCGUCAGGUGUUCAAAGUUGUUAUAUUUUUAAGACGGGCAGGCACGUAGUUUUCACUCCGUGCCGUUAUUUUGAUUUUCCGCAGAUAUCAAUAUAGGUGCAGGAGCUGCUGAAAUUUCGAGUAGGUUCGGUGGUCACGCGUUGCAUGUGCCGAAAAUCCGAUGUCGUUUUCGCCGCCGUGACCGCGGUCGUUACCGCCUCCUCGCAGUGGACCGUCGCAGACGAUUCUUUCGGUUGCUGGCCGGGCGGUAGCGGGGCUAAGAACGACGAAGACGAAGACGACGACAACGACCGAGACGGAUACUGCUCUCUAUUAGUACUACUACCGAUUUCAUCAUGCCAAUGACGAUCGUGUGACUGCGGCUGUGGCCUCCUCUUCCGCCGCCACCGAGGACAUGAAACAGAAGAAGAAGAAAGAUGAACAGCCGUCUGCUGCUGAUGAACAGCAGCAGCUAUGCAACGGUGCUGGCGAACCGAGACCCAAAAAGUCGGCGCUGAAACGCACGGCGACCGGCAGCAGCUCCAAAGCAACAAAAUCAAGUAAGAACAAACGGCACGUGCAGUUCAACGAGAGCUUGAAUGUGUUCUUCGAGUCGGACUACGUGAUCGUUAUCCGUGAUGACGACUGCGAUUUCGACGAGGAAGACUUUGACUUUUGGUCGCAACAGCCUUGCAGUUGUGGUGACGAGUCAUGUUUUCAGCCAUGGCUGGACAAUGACGACGGUCGUGGCCGCGGGCUGCCGCCACUAGAUCCAUACGAAGAACAACCCGCCACGCUCAGUCCGCCGGAUGGCUACAAGGAUGGCUGUCCCAGGCACGUGCCACCAUCGUUGGACCAUCUGAAAUAUGCAGAUGAUGAUUUAACCACGAGAUAUAAUUCAGAUGUGAUGGAUCAUUGCAACGAUACGCAUGUGCCAUACAAUCCCAUUACCAAUUCUGCGGCUUAUUUCGAUGAUAAAAAUCAAAAAACUCGUUCCGAACUUUCAUCUCCACCACGAUUAAGUAAAGACGAACAACAGGAGCCGUUAAAAAAUCCGACUGCUGUUCAAGUGUCAAAACCAAAUUCAGUCUGUGAUACGAAUUCAAGUACAGCUCAACAACCCCGUUGUAUCGUAGAAACAAUAACUAUGACCACGGUUACCGAAAGACAGAUCGUACAAGAAACCAGACCUGUCGACGCGUCUAGUGUCGACGGCCCUAAGACCGACGAUUCGAAAGCGGGCACGGGAGACGCUCCUGCCACCACUAAUCCUGACGAAGGAUACGUGAUGAUCAAGUGUGGUAACAACACGGUGCUGUACAACAACCGGAACCCGAAUUCAGCGGUACGACAGCUGUUUCCGGCCACAAAAUUCGUGUGUCCGCCGACCCGGAUCAAGGAGACUGACGAUGCUAGGCUGCUGAACAAAUAUCUCAUCACGGAAGAGUCGCUCCGAGCGUUCGAUAGUCGGUCAAUGAAUGGCGUCUUGAGCGGUGGAGGUUUUAAAAGCGAGCCACACAGCGACGAUGACGAUGACGACACAUCGAACAGCCUGAUACGGCGAACCAUCGAGCGAAGCACUUUGAGGCGGAACACGUCGAAAAAGAAGAACGUCAACGACACCAAAGAGAUUUCGUUAAUCGAAAAGAUACGGAGGCUGACGUGCGAUAGCGACGAUGAUGCGGAUGACUCGGCCAACAGCAAGGUGGUAGCUAAGGAACAAGCUGCCGCUUACACGGUGCUGGUGCAGUGCGAGUCGAUGGCUCCGUCCACUACGACCACCACUCCUACGUAUAAGAAGCUUACCGAAUUGUUCGGUGGAGUUGGCAGCGGUGGCGGUGGCAGCGGACGGCACGAUCAACCGCUGCUGCCACCGACCGGUCCGCAACAAUCGGUGACCGGUUUCGGGGACCCGACCGGCAAGCCCGACGCCCUGGACCUGUGUGACGGUCACUCGGCCACCGGUAGCCGGGCAGCUGUGCGUUCGAUGGCUGGUGGCAAACCGUUUUUGUCCACGUUAGCCACGGCGUGCGUCACGGGCAACGUGCAUGGCGCGUCAAGCGGUAGCGGUGGCGGCGGCGGCAGCAUGCCGACGACCGGGCUAGCGCAACCGUCGCAGUGCCCGCAACCGGACGUGGUAGCCGGAACUCAAGUGCCCAGUUCGCACAGGCAGGAAGAACUUGCAGCGUUCGUGCAACAGGACUCGGGUCGCCUGGAGAAGAUCCGCAAGCAGUACAAGCCGCCCGCGGCCGAGGACGACGACGACGACGAGAAUGAUGAUUAUGGGUUCAAUCGACGGCCGGAAGUGCACGGCAUCCGAUCUGGGUUCUCGGCGCAGAUCAUGAUCAAGAACAACCCACAGCCACCGCAGCGGCCGCGCUCGUACUACGGUGACCCGACCAGGCAACCACCGCCCAUCGAGGUGCAGCCCGACUUCGUGCCGAGGUAUCCGGUAUCGGCAUCGGCGGCCGCGGUCCGGGCCCGUGUUCAAGGCGAAUCACGUGCGCCACCCCCUUACCCAGCCGCCUCCCAACGGUCCAUCAUCAGGGUGACGCACGGUCAACAACAGCAAACCAUCCGAGUGCCGUACCAAGCGGUCGGACCCGUGCAGGUUCACCUGUUGACCACGGCCGCUACGACCGCCUCAAACGUCGGCGGCCACGGUUCGCCACAUGUCCAGAUUCGGCACCCACCCAACGAGUACAUCGUGCAACAUGGCCACGCCAGGAUUCACCACGGCCAGCAGUUCGUCAUUGCCCGCGGCACCCAGACGGCAGCCAUAUCCACCACUCGAUACUACCAGCUGCCGCCGCCCCCGCCACCCAGCAUGCAGCAGCAGCAGUUACCGCAGCCGCAAUUACCACCGCAAGCUUUCCAGCCGACCGACGAAAACUCCUCGGCGCAGUUCAAACUGACGUCGCCUACCAGAGGAGUGGCCGGCAGCAAUAGACACGUUCAGCAACAGCUGCAUCAGCAGCAACAAGAGUUUGCCGAUCACAAUAAUUUACCUCCACCCGUAUCGCAAACACCCAAAAAUCCAGUGCUCUUUUACGGGAUGAACGUCUGAUGUUGUAUUCGUAUAUGGGAAAAAAUGUCUACAUCUCUAUACACAUAUAUUUAUGACGUUUCUAAUAUUCGUAUUCGUAUUUUCUAGUUAUUGUUGGUCUCCUACGUGUAGAAUAAUAACCGAAAUCCAAUUGAGUUUUUAUCGUUCUACUAUAGGCCAAACAAACAUGUAUUUCGAAUGUUUCAUAAACGUUAUAUUAUAUAGAGAUUAUUAUAAAUAAAUUUAUAUACAUAUAUAUAUAUACACACACAAAUAUAAAUAUACUACAAGUCUUCCAGAUUUGCAGACGAUUACAUAAAAAUAACACAUUUUUUUGGCAAAAUUCAAGAAAUAUAAACAUUAUCUAUAUAUGAUUAAGUCAAAAAGAAAAAAAAAUUAUAUAUAUAUAUAUAUAUACGACAUACGUACGCUUAAAGACAGCAUUUAUCGAAUUAAGUAUAUCAAUAAUGGUUCCAAUGAAAGUCAAAAAUAUUUUAUUUUUAUUGAAUCAAAUAAUAAUCAACACAUUUUUUCAAGACCACCGCUUCACGGGUUACAGCGCGAAGAAAUAUUACAAAUAAUAAUAUACGUUAUAUUAAACUAAAACAAAAGGUAAUUUUCGUGCCUACGAUUUGAUUGUGUAAAAGUAAUGAAAUUUAUUCAUACAUAUAAAUUAAUAAAUAUUAUAUAUACACACAAUCAAGUUA